AUGUCUUUCUUUCAGGAUGCAUUGGACAUAUUCUCAGAUGACAGUGAGCAAAUGGUAGAAAAGCAAGUAGUUCACAGUUUGAAGGCUGUGAAGUUGGUGGAACAUAACCUCAAGGAGACGCUAAGUGGUCUUGUUGAACAUUUAUGUGAUAAGAAUGUUGAGAUUCGCUGGGUUGAUGCAUAUUUUCCCUUCACCCAUCCUUCAUGGGAAAUGGAGAUCAAAGUUGAAGAUGAGUGGAUGGAAUUGUUAGGUUGUGGGAUAUUACAACAUGCUAUACUGAAAAAUGGUGGGUAAUACACAGCUAUAUCACCAGUGGUGGAUUUAGGGGGAGCGCACCCCCAGGCUCUAGUCAACAGGGGUGCAGGGGGGGGGGGUGUGUGCAAAAAUGACAUUUAUCCUAAUUCUAACCAACUUAUGUUAAGGAAUUCAGUUGUGUAUCACUAGUUGACAAUAUUAAUUAAUCCCCAGUUAAAGAAGCAGCUACAUGCUAUAUAUGGUUUAUCAAUAAAAAAUUCAUUACAUUUUCUUACAUUUGAUUUAAGCUGGUGCAGGAAAAAAGAUUGGUUCGGCAUUUGGAACAGGUCUGGAGCGUCUCGCUAUGAAAUUAUUUGGCAUCCCAGAUAUCCGUUUAUUUUGGAGCAAGGAUGAAAGAUUCCUGUCCCAGUUUCAAGAAAACAAAAUAGUUCAGUUCAAACCAUUCAGCAAAUAUCCACCAACAUAUAAAGAUGUCUCGUUCUGGAUUUCUGAUAAAUACACACCAAAUAAUUUCUAUGAAAUUGUGCGAUCCACUGCUGGAGAUAUAGUGGAAAAGGUUGUUAAACUUCAGAGAAAUUUCCAAGUUAAAUGUUUUGCUUCACACCAGGUAUCUUUACUAUUGCAAAGCUUUAGCUGAUGAAGAUCCAAACUUAUGGACAGAAAACUUUGCAUUAGUAAAUAAAUACAAAAAGCAAACCAUGCUAUUCAAUUAGUAAACAAACUGUUGUGGUUUUGGUCAGAAUAACCUGAAAAUGUCAAUUCUACCCAGAUUGUAGUACCUGUAAAUACCACAUUUGAAAUAUCUUUUUAGGUAGUCCAUAUAGAAACCACUGCAGCUUAUUUUGUUGACCUAUCCUAACCCGAGGCCCAAUUGUUUGAGAAAUUUUUAGGGCAGAUCUAAUUCACUAACUUUACCAAAUGUCAACAUGGUUAUAUGGCCCCAAACCUAACCACAAGAGCCUGCUAACUAGUAUGCUCUUUUCUUCAGGUUGAGUUGAUAGAUGAGUUUGUUCACCCAGAGACUGAACAAGUGAGUCAUUGUUAUCGUAUUACAUAUCGCUCCAUGGAGAAAACGUUUCGAGAUGAAGAAGUAAAUGAAAUUCAAGAUUUGCUGCGAGAGGAACUUCGUAUUAAUUUAGAUGUUGAGUUGCGCGGUUGAAUAUUAUGAUGCUGAAUAAAUUUGAAUACAACCCUACUCAUCUGGACUGAAGUAAUAUAAAUUUAACAAUAACAUUUGUUGAAAUCGGGAUACAAAUACAACAUGAUUCUUGCAAUCAUACAAUACGAUUGUUGCAAUCAAUACAAAUAUGAUGUAUUGAUUGUUGCAAUCAGUAUAAAUAUAAUAAAAUUCGGUUCAACACCGAAACAUAAUUUUAAUGUGUCUUUAUGUAUCCAAAUCUGCC